CGCUGUUGUCUGAUUGACGUUCCUUCAGAUUGUUAAUAAUUGUAUUGCAUCAACCGUAUACUCUUGUUUUUAUUGUUUAAAUUGUUUUAAAUUGUAAUACAAUGAGUGAUAGUGAUUCUUCAACCGAAGUCGAUCCGGUUGCAGAUUUAGAAGAACCAAUUUUACCACGGCCAAAUUAUCAAAAAUAUUUUAAAGUAUUAAGAGUCAUUGAGGUUAAUUUUUUUACAAGAAGCUGAAAGUGAAGUGCUCAAGUUGUGUCGAUACAAAGUGUUACAAGGUGGAUUCAGGUUCAAACUCUAAUAGGUAUAAGAAAACAUUUAAGCACACAACAUUCAACUAUAUUAAAGAAAAUUAAUCACAUUGAUAAUGCAGCGAACAAAAACAUUUUAAAGAGACGCAAUGAUGGAUCAUUGAAGCAUAAUGCUGGAAGUUCUUUAAAACAAUCAGAUAAAUUAACUAGUUUUAGAAGAUUUUUUGAACAACAAAAAAUUAACUAGUCAAAUUGCAGCAUUAACAAAAGUAGUUGAUAUUUUACAUGACUACAUGAUUAUAUACUGAUACAUUGCUAGUGAACGAUACGGUUGUUAAUGAUUUAGAAGAAAUCGAAGCAUUCAACUUGAACAUUCUAAAUGAUGAAGACCAUGAUUUGCCAUAUGUAUUACCAAAACACCAUCGAUGUUGUGUACACACAAUAAAUUUAUUAGCAACAAUGAUAAUAAAACAUUUAUUUAAGUAGAUAACCUAAUAUAGUUAAAUUAUAAAAUACUAAAAAUAUUUUUAUCAAAAAGAAUAUAUUUUAAGACUCUAAAAAAGCUUUGUCUAAUCUUGCAUACAAAAAACAGUCAAGAAGCACUUUUCCCAAGUCUACCGCUUUGUGGAAUAAACAAGGUCGCUCAACUAAGUCAGCUGAUUUAUUAAAACAAAAUUUUGGUGUUUAUUUAAUUACACCCAACGAGACAAGUUGGAAUUCACUGUAUGAUGCAGUGAGGCUACUUAAUAAAUAAAUUAAAAAUAAUGAACUUAAGUUAAGAAUAAUAAUGGACAAAUUGUUUUUUGGCAAAUUUAAUAGAAGUGAUAUUUAUUUCAUGUGUCAAUAUCAAACAAUUAUGGGGCCAAUUUCAAUAAGCUUGGAUUUACUCCAGGGUGAUACUAACAUGUACUUUGGUCAUCUCCUACCUACAAUUGAAGAAUUAAUUUAUGAGUAUGAAUUAAAGACAAGUGAUCAAACAGUUUCUAAUUAUUUGAAACCUCUAGUCACUGCCAUACUUAAUGGUAUGAAAACAAGGUUUGCCGAUUAUUUUGUAGACAAAUUUUUAUUUACUGCUGCAGUCUGCCACCCACUAUUUAAAAAAGCAUGGAUUAAAAAUAAUUGGCCCCAGAAUAUUUAAAAAGUGACUGUUAUGACUUACAUACCAGCAAUAGAUAAUUGCAAUAAUGAUGUAGA